CAUUUAUUGACGUCAAGUUGAUAGUUCCGUGUCGUUUGGGAUUGCUGUAUUGGUGUGAAAUCGUGUUACAAAUCUUGUGUUUGCACGCCAGCCUCUAUCAGUACUUCCGUGCUGGCCGUCCCGUCCAGUCCAUGGCCGCAGCGCACAUGAGGCCGCGGACUUCGACGAACACGGCCACUACCUCUGGCCGUGGAAGGUUUCGUCCCAUAGCAGUGAUUCAAUAUGUCAAUCAGACUUGUGGCCCUGGCCCUGCUCACACUCCUGUGCAAGGACGGCAUCCACGGCAAAGCUAUCAACUCUUUCGCGGGCCCUUACAUAGCUUAUAUUGAGCGCUUUUACAUGUGUGAAAACAACGUGGCAAUGGCGUGGAGAGUUUAUUUUCGGACCAGUCACUUCAACCCACAAAAACCAAGAGAAUUACAACGCCUGACCGGUAAUGUAACUGGUGUGAAUGUAGCCUUGGAUGAUAGCCUCUGGUGUAAAGUUUAUUUUGAUGUUUGGGCACAAAACCAAUGGAAGGAAAACGCCUUUGUCUUCAAGUUUCAAGAUAAGGCGUGUACAAUGUUAAGAGUUCUCACCCCUGACUAUUACGAGAAAAUUUUAAAUCAGAGUGCUAGUGCAGAGAGCGCAUGCAUAAUAAAACCUGGAAUUUACGUGGCCUAUAACACCCCAGUGAAAUGGGAAUUUCCUAAAAUCCCAAUCAUGCCAUAUGGACGCUAUAAGGCCAAAAUAUUCUCUGGCAAGGGGAAAAAACAAUUGGUAUGCCUUUCAGCAGAAAUGGUGUUUAUUCCGAAAGUCUAGUACUGUAAGGUGCGUGUAACCUGUAUUAUACGAGUCGGCCACAUCUCGUUUUAUCCAGUUGAAACCUAUACGAAAGUGAUCGUCAACACUAAAAUUCUUUUCAAUAAUUGGGAAGCACUUGAUUUGCAAUUGCAAGGCUUUUCUUCGUAAUAACC